CGACCUCUGACUUUGCAGCACAUGCAUACUGCAGCAGCAGCGUCCAGCCGAGCGUCCCGUGCCGUCCCAUGGAGCUGGAAGGGCAGUGGUGGAAAGGACAGCUGGCUGCCGAUAUCCAUCAAGCGCUUCGCUACAAGGAGCUGAAGUUGCCCUCAUAUAAAGGCCAGUCGCCGCAGCUGAAUCUCAGGCGGUAUUUUGCAGACCUCAUUGCCAUUGUGAGCAAUCGUUUCACACUGUGCCCUUCUGCCCGGCAUCUCGCUGUCUACUUGCUGGACCUCUUUAUGGAUCGCUACGACAUUUCAAUUCAACAGCUGCACGUAGUUGCCCUCUCCUGCUUGCUUCUUGCGAGUAAAUUUGAAGAAAAGGAAGAUAGAGUUCCGAAACUAGAGCAACUGAACAGCCUGGGUUGUAUGACUAAUAUGAAUCUAGUGUUAACCAAACAAAACCUGCUGCACAUGGAACUCUUGUUGCUCGAAACGUUUCAGUGGAACCUCUGCCUUCCAACAGCCGCUCACUUCAUCGAUUACUAUCUCGCCGAGGCCGUUCACGAAACGGACCUGCACGACGGCUGGCCCAUGGUUUGUUUGGAAAAAACCAAGCUGUACAUGGCAAAAUAUGCUGACUAUUUUCUGGAAGUCUCUUUGCAAGAUCAUGCAUUUCUAAAUUAUGCACCUUCUUUAGUAGCUGCUGCAUGUGUGGCAUCUUCAAGGAUUAUUCUACGUCUGUCCCCAACAUGGCCUGCUAGACUGCACCGUCGUACGGCUUACUCCUGGGACUUUCUGGUGCCAUGUAUUGAACGGUUAUUGAUCGCGCAUGAUAACGACGUGAAAGAAGCCAGCAAGCCAAAAGGGCCCCCGGGGCCGCAGCCGACGCAGCAGAAUGCGUUCCAGCCCGCGUCGCACCCGUCCAGGCCUCCUGGUCACCUUCAGCCGCAUCAGUAUCUCCAACAGGCGCGUCAGACUUCCUUGCAGUAUCGUCACCCGGCAUCGCAGCAGCAGAACUGCCAGCAGAUAGUCUCCACAACUCACACCUCCUCGUACACAUUACAGACUUGCCCGGCCAGCGUGCAGGGCCGAGGGCACGUCCAGACCGGCGUUGGUAUGUCGUUAGCUCUCCCCGUAGAAGUCAAGCCGUGUCUUAGCGUCUCCUAUAAUCGGAGUUAUCAGAUAAACGAGCACUACCCGUGUGUUACUCCUUGCUUUGAAAGGUGAUUCCGUGCCAAAGCUCUCAUUGAUCCAGACUUUCUGCCGUGAGUUUCAGAAACUCUAGGACCGCGACAAAAAAGAAAUAGAUAAAGAAAAGCCAAACUGAAUAUACCAAACCAGCAUUUCAGGUACAGAAUCCAAGUAUGAUUGACUACAAAAGAAUUUUGUUCAAUGUGUUGCGUGCAAUGCACAGUGGAGGACUGGACAAAUACUUUUAGCACUUGAAUAUGGGAUUAAAAUCUAGGCUUGCGAGGCCUGGUGUUGACAUCUGUUGUAAGGAAAAGAAGCAUUUUCUGUGGACUUGCCAGCUAGCCUCUCCUAUGAAGAAGAUUUGCAGUAUUAAUCUUGGAGGCUGCGUGUGUGUGGGUGUGUGUGGGUGUAAAUUACCCAGUAGAAGUAAUAUACUGCGUAAAAUUAUGUUGCGAUUAUUAACUUUGGAUGCAUUCAACUACUUGGAACCAACAGAAUGCUCUGUUUGCCAGCACGAGGCCAGCGCUGUAGAGAAAUAGCCAUUUUGCCGAUGAGAAUGAUUCCACACCACCUUCCCAACACCAGGGUUUCAUUUCUAUGGGAUAAGAGAAUGAUUCCACAACACCUUCCCGACACCAGGGUUUCAUUUCUAUGGGAUACGUCAGAUCAUCGUGUGACUUCGUGGGUUAACACUUUUGAAAAUCGUGCUCUCUAACUGUUUUGUAACAUGCCAACUCAGGGAAUUUGCACUGGUUGUGAACACUUAAUUUUGUAAUCUAGGGUGAUUCAGGACCUCCAGUGUAAGGUACCGUCAUAACUUCGAAGCGUUUUUAAAUUGCAUUCAAUCAGUUCUGCCAUAAUGCAGGUUUUGCCAUUCGCAUUUUGGCUGGGGCACAGUCAGGGAGCGUAUCUCUGACAACGUGAGCCCUUUUGGGCUCAGCAGGCUACUUCAGUGAAGAAACACCAGCAUCGGAAGAGGUGAGUACCAUAGCGUGCGUCUUCCUUACCGUGAGAGUUCGUAAGGAUGCUUCUAGGAGAAUCAGGGGCACUUAAAUGUGGGCCUCAACUAACAGAACAGAGAGCAUGGUGGCACAGAACUGAUAUGAGUGUUCAUUCCUGUGGUUCUUAAGCUUUUCUCUUUUGGGGGCUAUUAGUGGUAGUCACCCCUGAGCUCAUCAACACUCCAUUUAUUUUUAUUUUUCUUUUUUAAAUAAAGAAAAGGUACAGGUAUUUAAAAAAAAAACUAGGACUAAAAUGUUACCUUUCGUGGG